AUAGAUUCUCAUUUAGUGGAUCACACGCAACUUCCUUUUUUCCCUUUCUUCAUUAUUGGAAUACAAACAGUUUAGUGUUCUUCAUUUCACAAAACAGCAUUACUCAGAUCUCAACUCAUAUGGCAGAAGUGGCAGUGUCAUUAGUUAUGUAUAUUUGUAUAUAACAAGAUGAGGUACUUGUUUGUUACCUUAUCCACAAGACAUGGUUUAUAGAUUCCCAGUUAUUCAUGAUAGAAAUACUAACUGCGUAGUAGUACGUAUAUCUUCAUCUCACAAAACAGCAUUACUCAGAUCUCAACUCAUAUGGCGGAAAUCGCUGUGUCAUUAGUUAUUGACCAACUACUUCCACUCUUAACGAAAGAAGUCAAGCUGUUGAGAGGUAUUCACAAGGAGUUUGCAGAUAUUAAAGAUGAACUUGAAUGUAUUCAAGCAUUCCUUAAGGAUGCUGACAAAAGAGCUUCAACAGCUGAAGGAGUCAAAACAUGGGUGAAGCAAGUCAGGGAAGCAGCUUUUCGCAUUGAAGAUGUCAUUGAUGAGUAUAUGAUCCAGCUGAAGGUGGAACAACAACCUCGAUGUGUACCUAUAUUCCAAAAGAUUGCUCACUUACUCAAGACAAUUAUCCCUCGCCAUCAAAUACCGUCCGAGAUUCUAGCCAUUAAGUUAUCUAUUUGUGAGAUCAAGGAAAGAAGCGAAAGAUAUGGCUUCCAACGUUCUCUUGAUCAAGGAUCAAGCAGUUACAGAAGAAGUCCGAGUGCCAAAUGGCAUGACCCUCGAUUGGGUGCUCUUUACAUUGAAGAAUCUGAAUUUGUGGGCUUUGAAGAGCCAAGGAAAAGAUUGAUUGAUUGGAUGGUAAAGGGAAGGGGUGAGCGCACUGUAGUUUCUGUGGUAGGAAUGGGAGGGCAAGGAAAAACCACUCUUGCCAAGAAAGUUUUUGACAGCCAAGAUGUCGUCAGACACUUUGAUUGUCGUGUAUGGAUCACAGUAUCUCAAUCAUAUAAUGCUGAAGACUUGUUGAGGGAGAUGCUGAAAAAGUUUUGCAAAGAAAAAGGAGACAAUACUCAUAGGGAUAUUUCUCAAAUGGAUCGAGCGUCAUUGACAGAAGAAGGAGACAAUGCUCCUAGGGAUAUUUCUCAAAUGGAUCGAGCGUCGUUGACUGAUGAAGUGCGAAAGUACUUGCAGCAAAAGAGGUAUGUUGUCAUGUUUGAUGAUGUUUGGGAUGUACAUUUUUGGGAUGAUAUUGAAUUUGCUGCAAUUGAUAAUAAAAGAGGAAGUAGGAUAUUUAUCACAACAAGAAACCUAGAUGUUGUGAUGUCUUGUAAAAAAUCUUCUUUUGUUGAAUUGCUUGAGUUGCAAGCUUUAACUCAUGAACAAUCUUUGGAGUUGUUCAAUAAGAAGGCAUUCCAAUUUGACAGUCAUGGGCGUUGUCCAGAAGAGCUCAGUGAUAUAGCUAAUGAAAUUGUUCAAAAAUGCAAGGGGUUACCACUAGCAAUUGUUGCCAUUGGUGGUCUUCUGUCUACAAGAGACAAAAAUGUGGCUGAGUGGCAGAGAUUUAGAGAAAACCUAAGUUUCGAGUUAAAGAAAGAUACACAUUUAAUUGGGAUAAAAGAAAUUUUAGGUUUAAGUUAUGAUGAUUUGCCUUAUUAUCUCAAGCCAUGUUUGUUGUAUUUUGGAAUAUAUCCAGAAGAUUAUUUAGUUAGAUCAAAGAGAGUGAUUCGACAAUGGAUAGCUGAAGGGUUUGUGAAGGAGGAAAGUGGGAAGACUUUGGAAGAAGUCGCACAAGGGUAUUUAACAGAGUUGAUCCAUAGAAGCUUGGUGCAAGUAUCCUCGCUUAGAAUUGAUGGUAAGGUUAAGCGUUGUCGUGUUCAUGAUCUAAUACACGAUAUGAUCCUUGAAAAAAAUGAGGAUUUAAACUUUUGCAAGCAUGUUAGUGAUGAUGGACAGUCAAACUUAAGUGGAAUUGUACGACGCUUAUUAGUGACUACCGAAUUAAGAGCGGGUCUUGAUGAUUUAAAUUUGCAUAUUGAAAGGUCGCAUGUUCGGUCAUUGUUUUUUUUUAAAAAUGAUGUAUCAGCUUCCACGGAUUCUUGGAUAAUCCCUAUAAAAUUCAGGUUGUUGAAGGUUCUUGAUCCUGAAGGUAUGCCAUAUCUCCAUCCGUUUCCUGAGUUUGGAAAUUUGAUCCAUUUGAAGUAUUUACACCUCGAAUUAAGAGGGGUUACAGAACUUUCCAAAUCCAUUGGCAUGCUCCAGAACCUAGAGACCUUAGAAGUAAGAGUUACAGGUACCGUAUUUUCCCUUGUUUUGCCAAAAGAGAUUAGCAAGCUUAGAAAGCUAAGACAUCUUAUCGGCGAUGAGAUGUGUUUUGAAGAACUACAGAAUGGUAUUGGAGAGAUGACUUCUCUACAAACUCUACGAAAUGCUAUUACUAUAGGGUUUAGAGUAGCAGAAGUAAUUAAAGGGUUAGGAAAGCUGAAACAGAUGAGGGAUUUGGGAUUGAUUAAUGUUCAUCCAGACGAUGAAAGCAUACUAUCUUCUUCAAUCAAUGAAAUGCGGCACUUGGAGAAACUAAAUGUUUUCUCAUUACAUUUUGGCAUCCAUCUGAAUUUGAUUUCUCCGCCAACUAUGCUUCAAAAAGUUACACUAGAAGGGUGUUUAGAGAAGUUGCCAGAGUGGAUUCCAGAGCUUCAAAAUCUUGUUGUGUUGAGUUUGAGGUGGUCCAAAUUGACUAAAGAUCCAAUGCAAUCCCUAAAAAGUUUGCAGCACUUGUUGAUCCUCUCUCUAAAGGGCAAUGCUUAUAUAGGUGUAUGUUUGCAUUUUGAAGAUGGAGGGUUUCAGAAACUAAAGGAGCUGUAUGUUGAAAAUUUAAAUAAUUUGAGAGAUAUUAUUAUCAACAAAGGAGCACUUCCUUCUCUGAAAAAGCUUCAGUUACGCACACUCCCCGAACUUGAGAAUUUACCGAAAGGAAUCCUACACCUAGAGAAGCUUGAAGUUCUCAAUAUUCAACACAAUAGAUAUGAUGGUGAGCGGAAAACUUAUACUGAGGAUUUGAGUUGGAUCACAGAGCAGAUGCCCACUGUUAAAAUCAAUGAUUAUGCUACUUAAGUCCAAGGUGUUGGCCUUCAAUUUCAAAUGCAAUGGUGAUUAGGACUCUCCAGAGACUUUUACUGCAACAUUUUGGGACUUAUGUUCCUUAAUAAUAUUAAUGAUAAUUGAGUUGUUUGUGUAUUGUAAUUGUUACUUCCCAGCAUUUUAAGACCUUAUUUUUCGGUUGAUUUCCUUUCUUCAUUUCUGCUUUCAUCUAUGGUGUAUAAUGAUUGUUGCGAGAUAUUUUGCUUCUGGUUUAAGAUUUGAGUUUUAUGUGAUGUAUUAUGUAUGCAAUAUUGUUAAAUGAGAGAUUUCCUUUCAAUGAUUGUUAAAUUUUU